ACUAUUUUCUCUCUUCUCUCUCUCUCUUGCUCGCUCGCUCGCUUGCUCUCAUGGCUCUCUGCAACUUUUUCCUUCUCCUUCUCAUCGUCUCUUCCCUCUCCCUCUCAGUCCAAGGAAACCGGAACUUCAACAAACUGAAACCCUCUUUAAAGUACUCUUUCUCGUUCCCUCUCACCUCUCACCGUCUUUCUCACCCCGACUCUCCUGCUACUCUCCUUCCCUCGCUCGUUUCGGCAACCAGACGGAAGCCUAAUCCAAACCCUGGUUCUCUGAACAAGCCCUCUGCGUAUAAAUCUUCAUUUAAGUAUUCAGUGGCUCUGAUCGUUUCUCUCCCAAUCGGCACCCCGCCACAGAGCCAAUCAAUGGUGCUGGACACCGGAAGCCAGUUAUCAUGGAUCCAGUGCCACAACAAAACCGUUGCAAAGCUUCCUCCAGCAUCGUUUGAUCCUUCACUCUCCUCCACGUUUUCCGUUCUCCCCUGCAACCACCCUCUCUGUAAGCCCAGGAUUCCUGAUUUCACUCUACCAACCGAUUGCGACCAGAACCGUCUCUGCCACUACUCCUACUUCUACGCCGACGGCACCUUGGCUGAGGGCAAUCUUGUCCGGGAAAAGAUUACGUUUUCCAGGCUUCAGAGCACCCCUCCUCUGAUCUUGGGCUGUGCCCGGGACACCGGCGCGGCGGAAGGCAUUCUGGGGAUGAAUCUCGGCCGCCUGUCAUUUUCUUCGCAAGCAAAGAUUUCGAAGUUCUCCUAUUGCGUGCCGCUUCGUCGGAAGCUCGCGAAGGUCCCACCAGUGGGAACAUUUUAUCUUGGUGAGAACCCGUACUCCGGCGGGUUCCGGUACGUUGACCUGUUGACCUUCGACCGAAGUCAGAGUCAGCAAAUGCCAAAUUUUGAUGCUGCAGCGUAUACGGUUGUGAUGGAAGGGAUACGAAUUGGCGGGAAGAGGCUGAACAUUUCGCGCGCAGUUUUCCGGCCGGAUCCCAGCGGGGCCGGUCAGACGAUGAUCGAUUCCGGCACCGAGUACACGUUCCUGAUGGAGGAUGCGUAUGUUAAAGUGAGGGAGGAGAUUGUUAGAUUGGUGGGACCGUCCAAGGUGAAGCAAGGGUACGUGUACGGUGGAGCUUUGGAUUUGUGUUUCAACGGAGAUCCCGUGGCAAUGGGACGGCCAAUAGGCGACGUGGUACUGGAGAUGGAGAAAGGGGUGGAGAUUGUAGUUGAGAAAGAGAAGGUUUUCACAGACGUUGGCAGUGGGGUCCAUUGUCUCAGCAUCGGACGGUCGCAGUUGCUGGGGGUAGAGAGUAACAUAAUCGGGAACGUUCAUCAGCAAAAUCUAUGGGUGGAAUUUGAUCUUGUUAACCGUAGAGUUGGAUUCGGAAGGGCGGAGUGCAAUAUGUCAGCGUAGACAUGCAGAAGCACCGGAACACUAUUCUAUUGUGAAUACACUUGUCCAUAUGUUAACCGUCGUAGAGUGGACUCCGAUACUGUACUGGGGGGCCCACCCCCACUACUCAGUGGGCCCCAUGAAAAACCAACAGUGAUGAUCUAAUUAGGUAAACUAUGUACUAUGUUAAACUUGUCAUGGACACCCAUGAGAGUUUACUUACCGUCCGAUGUCACUGGUGGACCCGGGCCCACCACGUUGUUUCAUGCGUGGACCUUGGCCCAUGGGUGCUGCUGCUACGUGCAUCAUCUGCAAAUUCCCGACAUGAGUAUCGUUCACAUCCAACGCAUAGCAUAAAUUCCCGUUUUCCCGACAUGCACGCGAAGAGAAGUAUAUUCCCUACGUGGUUGUCUUUGUCUUGAUUCAUCUACUAUAUUAAAUUUUGGCAAUAAAUAAUUCAUUUGUUUAUUAUUUAUUA